GUUGAAGAACACAAACAGUAAUGGCGGACGGUGAGAACGAGCUUCCAGUGUAUUUAGCCAUUAGUAACAUUCCCGUAGCUUUCCGCUCAGCAGACCUGAGAAAUUACUUCAGUCAGUUCAUAGAAAGCGGUGGUUUCCGCUGUUUUCAUUACCGACACCGGCCAGAGGUGCUCAGAGAGCCCGAGAGGACCGAGACCACGACGUGCGGAGACGGAAAGUCCAGUUCACCGUCCGAAGCUCCAAAGAGCGGCUCGUCGUCGAUACCUGCGGUGGCGACGUGUUGUUGUAUCGUGUCAGUCGGUGCUAAAGAUGGCGACAGGCUCAUCAGGAUGUAUGCGGGGAAUCACUGGAUCGACUCGAAGGGAAGCUGGCUGGCCAGACGCUGCGUUAUCAGAAGAAUAAAGGUUUCCCCUGAAACAGGUGAAGGGUCAUUCCCCUAUAAAACAAAGUACGAGCAUCGUCACCAUGUUUCCCUAACGGAGCACUUUACAGAAGCUGACCUCCAAAGCUUACCCGAGCUGAACCCACCCUCUCUGAUGCAGAAUGGCAACGUGGGUACGACUGUCAAAGUGUUCCUCCAGCUCAUCCAGUCCUGUCGCCUGCCUCCACGCCUAAUUCGGAAACUGGGUCUCACUUUCCCAAAAACAGGCUCCUGUCGUCGUUACGGAAAUGUACCGUUCCAGUACCGCAAUACGCGCACCCUUCCAGCCACAGAGGAGACCGUGUUAACAGCUGCUGGACAUGAAAUAUCAGGACCAGGCAGUUUGAAGACGGUUCUGUCUUCAAGAUCAAAACUGAUGAGUGAUGACACGCUAAAAUCUGAGGCUGAUGAUGAGACGCAGAACGAAGGAGAAGGGGAGGAGGAUGCACAGUCAAAUGCAGAUGAUGAUGAUGAUUACUGUGAAGAGUGGGAACGCCACGAGGCUUUGCACGAUGAUGUUACAAGCCAGGAGCGUACCAAAGAGAGACUGUAUGAAGAAGAGAUCGAGUUAAAGUGGGAAAAAGGAGGUUCAGGUUUGGUGUUUUACACCGAUGCCCAGUACUGGCAAGAAGAAGAAGAAGGAGAUUUUGAUGAGCAGACAGCGGACGACUGGGAUGUUGACAUGAGUGUUUACUAUGAUAAAGACGGAGGUGACAUGGAUGCUCGGGACUAUAUCAAAAUGCGUUAUGAGAGGCGGCUGAGGGAAGGUCUUGAAGAUGGAUCGGGGCACAAUCAGUCUAUCGGCAGCUUUGAGAGGUUCUCUAAGGGUUUUGGCCGACGUAUAAUGGAGAAACAAGGAUGGAAAGACGGUGAUGGACUGGGAAACAGCCAAAUUGGGAUUUCUGAAGCUCUAGAGAAUGAUGGUCAACAUCCUCACUGCAAAAGAGGCUUUGGGUAUCACGGGGAAAAACUGGUAUUACAUCCCAUAAAAAAGGCCAGAACAGACUAUUUUAUAACUACAGUGUAUGAUAAACCCAAAGACAUCGAUGAAGGUGAUACUUUACUGAGACGCCAACCCAACACCAGCAUGAAGUAUAGAGGAUGGCAACCAGGUGGCAGCAUCGGCUCAAAGAGAUGA